GCCUCUCUCCUUCCCGAGCAGGAGGCGGACAAGGUAAGCAGCAAUCGCAGGAACCCUAGCGCCGCCGCACCCGCAGGAAUGGGUAUCGACCUCGUCGCCGGUGGGAGGAAUAAGAAGACCAAGCGCACUGCGCCCAAGUCUGACGAUGUCUACCUCAAGCUCCUCGUCAAGCUCUACCGUUUCUUGGUCAGGAGGACCAAGAGCAAUUUCAACGCUGUCAUUCUCAAGAGGCUUUUCAUGAGUAAAACCAACCGACCACCAAUCUCCAUGCGCCGCCUUGUCAAGUUUAUGGAAGGAAAGGAGAAGAACAUUGCUGUCAUUGUUGGCACAGUCACAGAUGACAAAAGGAUCCAGGAGGUUCCAGCAAUGAAGGUUACUGCCCUGAGGUUCACGGAGACAGCAAGGGCCAGGAUUGUCAAUGCUGGUGGCGAGUGCCUCACAUUUGACCAGCUUGCUCUUCGUGCUCCACUUGGCGAGAACACGGUCCUCUUGAGGGGCCCCAAGAAUGCCCGUGAGGCAGUGAGGCACUUUGGCAAGGCUCCUGGAGUGCCGCACAGCCACACCAAGCCGUAUGUGCGCUCCAAGGGAAGGAAGUUCGAGAAGGCUCGUGGCAGGAGGAACAGCCGUGGAUUCAAGGUUUAAAACAAAUUGUGGCCCUCCGUGUUGCCAUCAGCAUAGUGCAACCGUUGUGUUUGAUCAGUCGACAGUAAUUAGUCAUCACUCUGUACCGAGAUUAGUAGCACAAUUUGUUGUCCUGGUUUGAAUUUUGGAAGAUAUUUGAUGUCGUCUCCUUAUUAUCUACUCGUUACUGGUUGAGCACGAAGAUUGUUUUGUGAUACUCCUACAUGAUUUAAGACGGUUCCCGACGUUC